AUGAGUGGUAUACACCGAUUCCUGACUCGUCGCGAUCGACACCAUAAGUUAAGCAAACAGAGUAAAGAGGAGGCCUCGCAUAUUCUCUCAAGACCGCUAUUCCAAAGCUUCUUCAAAUCGGAAACAACAUCAGAAGAUAAUCAGGACCAUGAGAAGAAGGUCAAAGCUCUCGUUCAACGUAUCAAGCAACUCGGUAUAACAGCUCUACAAGAAGAACAUAUCAGCUAUGCAUUGAAAGCUACACAAGGGGAUACAGAGAAGGCAUUCAGCCUGCUCUUGCUGCUGGAGGACUCUAUUGAAGGCAUCAUCAGGACCUACACACCCAAUACCAAGCUUCUGGGGGCGGAGAACCGCUCAGGUGUCACAUGCUAUUUGGAUGCGUUGUUGUUCGCUAUGUUCUCUCGCCUCGACUGCUUCGAGGCUAUUUUAUACAAAUCCUUCAACGAUGAGCCUCGCCGGAAACUCGCGAUUCUUCUCAGAUUAUGGGUCAACCUACUACGAUCUGGAAAGCUUAUCACGACAGACAUGACCAAACAUCUACAAGAUGCGUUGGCGGAAUGUGGCUGGGAAGAUGCAGCUAGACUGCGCCAACAAGAUGCAUCAGAAGCGUUUACAUUUAUUACCGAAAAACUCGAACUACCACUCUUAACGCUGAAGAUGGACAUCUACCACACUGGAAAAGAGGAUGCCAGUGAUGAUCACAAGUUCAUCAACGAACGGCUUCUCGAAGUUGCCAUACCACCCGAACCAACUGACGGCCAAUCCCUUACCCUAGAGGACUGCUUAGAAGCUUACUUCAACAACAUGAUUGAGGUCAAGCGGCACAUGGAGCGACGAAAUACCACUGCUUCGGUGAGAUCAAUGGAUUCACUUUCCAUCUCAAAAGGAUCAACCUCGCAUGUCGAGGCAAUAGAGAUCGAGACCACCCCCACUUUGUCUCCUGCUCAAACAAAUACGCCCCCAGUCGAAAGCGUGAGCCCAUGGGCGUCUUUCGACGAGUUUUCCGAGUCUCUCAAGGCGACGCGAGAUCCCGCAAGACGACAGAGUAUUGUUAGGGAGCGAUUCUUCCCUGACUCUAAUUCAAGCGAUGAUACAAACAUAGAUGAUACGUCUACUGAGAAAAAUUCCAGCCCGGACAGCCAGACGAAGCGUGGUGCUUAUAAAAAGGAGGUGAUGAUGCCCGCAUGGCAGUUUUUCAGUUUGAUUCCCUGGUACACUGAUAACACGCCCACGAACGACGCGCAAGUGGCGGCCCACUUUUCCACCAAACGACCGAUUUUGGGAAUGUGUCUCAAGCGCUACUCUUUCUUGCCAGAUGGGAGGGCUGUCAGACUCAACACCCACAUUGACAUACCGACUGAGAUCGGUCUACCACACUUCAUCCAAGAUGACAACUUGGAUGCAGAUGCGCCUAUCUAUGGGAGUUUCAAGCUUUCUUUGCAGGCUUUGGUGUGUCACAGAGGAAAUUCCGUUGACUCGGGACAUUACAUUUCCCUUGUUCGGGGUACCAGCCCAAACGCCGGGUCACCUACCAUUUCUGAUCCUUCAGGAACCUCGAAACACUGGAUGCGCUUCGAUGAUCUUGCAGAAGAGCGUGUGACUCUGGUCGACAUCGAUCAGGCCUUGAAGACAGAAUCUCCGUAUCUUCUGUUCUACCAAAUCCUUCCUAUCAACGAAGAUCCAUCAGUGACCAAUCUCCACAACAAUGCACCCUCUUCCCGAGCUUCGGAUGGCAGCACCCUGGGGGAUCAGAUGGAUUUCUCUGUGGACGAAGCUUCUGAUCGACCAAGCGUUGAAGUCACAGGACCAUCCGACACCAAUUCUCAGCCACCAACUAAUCCCGCAAGACGAUCCAGUGUGGCAUUUUCGGAAAGCAGCAACCGAGCAGCGAGUCUCCAGCCACGUUCCAUCCCAUCCUCGUCACCUAGACUCGCACCCAUGGAAGAGGAAGACUCCAAGGGAACAUCUUACUCUCGUCGGGGAUCUCGCUCAGCCAGAAGCAACCCUGGAAGUCGCGCUGGCAGCCGUGCUGGCAGUCAAACAGGCGAAAAUAGACUGAGCGCCACCCUGUCUCGCUUUGCUGAACGACUGAGUCGGGACAAGAUCACCACCGAUGAUUUCCCCGAGGAAGGUGACGAGAACGAGUAUACGCUGGAAAUUGAUGAUACUGUGGAUGACAUGAAGCUAGGUCCGGCUGCUUUUGAGACCAAGGAGAAGCGUGGAAGGGGUCGAACACGCGAGAAGCACAAGGGCAAAUCCAAGGAAAAGUCCAAGGAGAAGGGCAAGAAAUUGGAUCGGGAGUGUACAGUAAUGUGA